CAUUGAAUAUUAAACCCACUGGGUGUCGCCCCCAUCUUAAUGACGACCUCCACUAUUUUGGUUGAACAGGUAAUGAAAGCCUUCCAUAAAAUAAAACCGAUUCGACAAACCCGAACAGUAGUUUACAGCUUCCACUCACAUAUCCAUUGACAAUCCUUCACUUCCCACACUCCAUCGAUCUGGUUCGUCUAUUUUGCUCUUUUGAAGAAUCUCUGUUGUUCUGUAAACAGAAGAUAUGCUAUUCAUAAAUCAUCUCUGGGAAUAUGUUGUGACUCCACUUUCGGUGCUGCAAAUGCCUAGCUCUAUAUCUUUUGCAGGUCUAAACUAAACUUUAGAACACUGCUUCAUCAGAGUUCUUCGCCGAGAUUGGACUCAGGGACACAAAUUGACUUCUUCUUUUUUUUUUGGUAGCAAAAUGACAGAAAUUUUAAGUUAUACGGCUUGCAGACAGUUAUCUCAGAUGUUCUUGGCCGUUGUCUUCUUUCAUAGUUCAGAAUACAUCCUGGCAGUUGCCAUUCAUGGGAGAUCAAAUGUGACUCUCAAGUCACUUCUAAUCAGCAAAAAUUAUCUCCUUGCAAUGAUCUUUUCCUUGCUGGAGUACAUCGUUGAAAUUGUUCUAUUUUCCGGGUUGAAAGAACACUGGUGGAUAAGUGACACAGGUCUUGCACUGGUGGUAAUAGGGGAGUUUACACGAAAAUUGGCUAUAAUAACUGCUGGUCGAGCCUUCACGCAUCUUAUCAAGGUUUAUCACGAAGAGCAUCAUCUGUUAAUUACUCACGGCAUCUAUAGAUUCGUCCGUCAUCCUGGGUACUCUGGUUUCUUCAUUUGGUCAGUUGGCACUCAAAUAAUGCUUUGUAAUCCCAUAUCCACUGUUGGUUUUGCAAUUGUUGCUUGGAAAUUCUUUGCUGAAAGAAUACCUUAUGAAGAGUAUUUCUUAAAGCGAUUCUUUGGGUCGGAGUAUGAGGAGUAUGCACGUCGAGUACCUUCAGGGAUGCCAUUUGUAAAAUGAGGAUUUAUGUUUUCAUAGUUAGCUAGCUUUUUAUCUUCCUGAAGGUCUUUUGGGCAGGGAUUUGGUUUAACUUUUAUGAUUGAAAAGAUUAGGUGCUACUGAGUGCUGACUGAAGUGAGCUUUUGUUGUAGAUUUUUAUCUUGGGUAGGAUGAUAAUAUUAAGUUAUGGUAGAAAAAGCAUCCAAGAGUUAGGUGUGAAUUGGUUCUUAAAUACUAAUUGAACUUUUUUAUUUUUAAUUAUCGAGCAAAAAUUAUGAGUUUGAAGUCAA